CUCGCAAUCGUGAUCGACUAUCAAUUGUUCGCCGAAUCGACGUUGAUUUAAUUUGUAGUGGAGUUUCGACUUGAUAUGUACAUUUCUUUGAGAAUAAUUCUUCUAUACUUCUUCUUUUCAUCGGGCUCAAUACUAAAAUCCAAAGGUAUGUUACUAGAGCACUUAUUUUAUAAAACCCCAGAAUCUACUCACCGACCGGCAGAUGUGUGAGUCACUUGUAACUAUGGCGGCGGAUAAACUAUUUCGCAGCCGGAGAAAUCGCAAUAAGGACAUGUUUGUCUGCUGAUGUGGAAUCUUUCUCGCUUUCGGAAUGAAUUGAAAUUUAAAACUCGUUACUUUUGAUCCGCAGGUGAUUUUGUAUAAUUCGGGAAUCUCAGUUAGAUUUCCAUUUCCAUAGUCUUACGUAGUGUUAGUGAAUGCGGUGCGCGCGAUAAAGAACUCACUUGUGGAACUUACAUUUCAUCAUGAUUAGCUAUUAAAAAAAAAACUCUCUCGCUCCGUGAAAUAUAUAGCAUUCUUUGGCGUUAUUAACAGGUACUACUGUAACAAAUAUUUGAGCUGGUGAUCGGAGUUGACCAAAGAAAGCCGCUUUAAUAUUAUGCGAGUCUUUGGAUGUAAAUAAUUCAGAGCAACAAGUUCUUUGGUGGCCUUUUCGAUACUUCUGUCGGUGCAGAAGGAAUUGUCGUGUAUUCAUCACUUAGGCCCAGUUCAGACGCCGUACUUCAGCCGAGCCGAAUCAAAUUCCACGAAUUAAGUUCAUGUGAAGAACGGCGUCUGAAUCAAUUCGGAACGACUGAUUUAAUUUAGAUCGGCUCAGUCAAUUAAUCCUGCCUGGCUGAGCUGGGAAGAACGGCUGUAGGCCGGCUUUGAUUCAGACGCCGUACUUCAACUGAGCCCCACCAAAUCCAUAAAUUAUUUCAAUGACGAUUUACAUUCUUUAUCUUCUUGCUGUUUUCCAGCAUUUUGAGCAGAAAAAAGUCCCAUCCUUGCAGAUUGCUGCCGGAAUCCAUGGCGUACACAAUGUUUACAAUCGUAUGCUAAACCAGGGACCGAAUAUUAAUUUUCUUCGAUUAACUGAUUUCUGCCGUAUAAAGUUCGGCGUUUGAAUCAAUUUAGCCAGGAUUAACUAAUUUGGGUCGAACUAUCGUUGAAUUCGAUUCAGCGCGGCUGAAGUACAGCGUCUGAACCGGGCCUUAUCCAACCAAGCUUGGGUUAGCAUUGCACUCGCCAGUUUAAAUCUACUGUUAAACUCAUGUUUUGACACCUUAAACGUCUUAGAGUGCACUCCAUAGUAUCAAUUAAGUCACCAAAUAUGUAACAAGGUGCCUCAACAUCAAUACGUCAUACGGUACGUCGAUAAACUACUAUAAAGCAUUUGGGAAAUUUUAUUCACUUAUUCAAUGCGGCAUAUACCGAUGGUGAUUCAGUCAAGCAGAUCGCGAGGGUGCCCUGUGUGCAGUAAUUUUACGAAGCAUGCAUUAAAAAAAAUAAUAUUAACAAUUAUGAUAAUAAUGAUGGUAACAAAAAUUAUAGCGAAAACCAUCCUUGGAGACCCAAGGGCUGUGAGUCGUUUCAAGUCAGGGGCUCUUCCGCCCUAAUGACGACAAGCUAAAAUUCAUUCCAUAUUUAAAUCGAACGCUUCUAAUCGGUCAGCGCGUAAUUAUAUGCAAGUUUUUAAAAGGAAGCUCACCGAACACUCCUGAAAAUCGGAAAAAAGGGAGGUACUGAUAAUGAUAGUAAGAAUGAUAUAAACAGUUAUGAUAUUACAAUGAGAAUUUUAAAAAAAUUAUAUUACCCUUUAUUUGAUAGUUGCUGAGGUUACAGUAAAAAUACACGAGAGACGCUUGCUACCUUGCUCUGAGUCCAGUGAUCUAGAAAAUGUUGAGCAUAUCGGUUGGUUCCGCUGCUCCACGGCUGAUUGCGAACUAAACUGGAACAAGCUCCGGAUAGCGCAUGUUCAAAAUGUGGAAGAGACAAUUGCCGAUAACCCAAACUUUGACGUUUUCACCAACGGAACCUUACUUGUAAGGAAGGUACUACCAGUGGAUGAUGGGAAAAUGUUUAUUUGUAAAACCCAGAAGACCUUUGAAGGGACAGGAGGGUCCACCACGAUCCUCAAUAUAAAGAAAGGUGAUGUUUAUAUAGGUGUUAUAUAAUGAUGAUAAUGGUAAUGAUAACAAUAAUAAUAGAAGUAUUCAUGAUAAUAACAUUUGGAAUUUAGCACUGGACAAUCCACGUGGUGGCUUUUGUUGUCCACGGUUUACAGAAAGAAAGGACAUUUGGAACGUAAUUUUUCUGGGGGGUAAGGAUAAUUGGAGAACCCUCAGAUAAAAAUACGGAGCAAGGACGAGAAGCAACCGAAACCCACUCAUGACGUCAGGGGUCCAUUUAUUGAGGGUCCCGGUAGCUUGACUUGCCUGUAAAAUGUUCUGUUUAAAACAAGUUUACAAUAAGACUGUUAGCUAAAGAAACAAAUUGGACUGGUAAGUGUACCAGAACUUCCUUCUCUGUUCUUAAAAAUUUUUAUUUUAAAAUAUGGCUUUUGGCCCUUAAAGUUUCUGGGACUGAGAAACGGGCGCCACGUCGCCAUCCCCACUUCUUUUUAUAAAUUCCUUGUAGUAGUUAGAUAGUUUUGAUUUUUUUUUUUAGAACCCCCAAAAUUAAUACCAGAGAGUCCUCUGGAGGUUCAUGUCAUUGAAGGAAUGGAUCUUCAUAUGGAUGCUGGAGUUCAGGGCUAUCCUUACCCCUGGGUAACUUGGAGCCAUAAUGACCUUCUCCUUCAGAAUACUUCGAAUGUCGAUUCACAAACAAGUCUUAAAAUUCGUAACGUCACUGUAUCUAAAGGUGGACUUUACACUUGUUACGCCAAGAAUUCAGUUGGACAUCAUAUCCUCACCUUUAAAGUUUAUGUUGAAGGUACUGAUUUUAUUUGUAUGUUGGACAGCUUCGUGAGAGUAGAUGUAACCUGUCAGGAGAGAGAAACGCAGUGAAAUUUUGCUCUUUGUAUUCUAUUAAUUUCAUUUAUUGUUCUUUGUGUUGUUUGUCACUUUUUUUGUUUGUUUGUUUUUUUUUUUUGUUUUUUUUGUUUUUGCUUGAUUCCUCUUAUUUCCUUCUGUUUUGUUUUGGUUUUUUUUUUUCGUCUAAACCUACUUCUAUUUUAGCAAGAACCUAUACACUUGCUCAGAUGCUUCCAAUUUGUUUCCCUCUCUAUCUAGGUCAGGCGGUGAGGACAACUACAGGAUUAGGUAGGUUCUUUCGCUCUUUAACCUUUUCAGAUGACCUUAAAAGGAUUGAACAAGGAUCCGAGAACUGCUAUGGCAUAUAAUACAAAUUUCUGACCUCUUUAAGAUAUGAACAGAUGGUAUAGUAUAGAAGUUAUUUACUUUGCCACACUGUUUCUAUCCUUAGAUAUCCAAACUCCAUCAUCCUCACCAACAUCGGGUGAGUACAAUGUGUUCUUUUACAAUUUUCUCAAGGUCAGUUUUGGAGCAAAUUUUAACUGAGCGUGUCCAAACAUAUGUAGGAUUGCAUUGAUUUUUAUCAAUUCUUUUUUUUUCGCAAUUAAGAAGUUAUUUACUUUACCACUCUGUCUCUAGCCUUAGAUAUCCAAACUCUGUCAUCUUCAACAACAUCAGGUAAGCACAAUGUGUUCUUUUUCAAUUUACUCAAUGUCAGUUUUGGAGCAAAUUUCAACUGUGUCCAAACUUAUAUAGGAUCCCAUUGAUUUUUAUCAAUCCUUUUUUUCACGACCAAAAUCUUUAUUACUGGUAUUUGUUUAUCAUCGAACUCAACUCUACUAUGUCUUAAAGAAUUUCACAUACAAUGAUUCCUUCCGCUUCUCCCCUCACUCCCCUCCACUCCAAUACGCCUCCUCAUCCAUAUCCCUGCUCACAUCCUCUCCCUCUCAUAGGAAAACAAAUUAUGGUCGAACCUGCGUUAAGCGGUUACCCACGCGGAAUGGCAGCAUGACCGCUUCACACAGGUUGACUGCUGUGUAGGUUCCACAGAAUAGGGGUAUUAAGAUAAACGAUUAAAAAAGAGCCAUUUUAUGCCACAACUGACCACUUUAUGUACAGACACUACCUCCUAAAUACAAUUGGAUUUAUUUGGGUGGUUCCGCUUUAAUUGACCGUUCAAUAAAGAUGGAAGACGGUACAAAAAGGCCGUUGGGACGCAGACUUUUUUUUGUCAUAUAAAAUAUAACUUACAAGAUUUUUUUUCGUGUAGAGCUCGCUUGGCCGCAGGAAGAGAAUCUCUUAAGACUUUGAGACCUAAUUAGGAGAAUGAAACCUAGCUUAAAGAGAAACUGAGACUGAAAAAUAUUUGACGUUAAGUAAAUGAAGAAACGAAGAAAUGCAAGGUUUAAAGUGACUAUGAAUGCUCGGACUUUAAUCCGUGAUGAGUUAUUAACUUAAUUCCAAUCAACUUAACUCCAAUCUAUGCUUUGAAUGAAAAUUUAAAGGGUUUCUUUCAUUUUUCUUUCAUUUUUUUUAUUUAUUUAUUCGUGUUUUUUUAGGGGGCUCGAGUUUCGCUGGAUGGAAAAUUGCUCUAACAGUGGUCGGUCUUCUGUUGUUUUUGAUGGGAACAAUAGGAAUCUUUUGCAUUCUCAAGAAAAAGAGGAUACCGGCAAAACUACAGUUAUGCAGGCUGUGCCGGAGACGCAGAUACAUAGUAUAACCGUAACGAACCGUUUUACUUCUAUUUUCCAACUUUUUCGGAAAAGUGUGACAUGCAUUUUUUUACCCGUCUAUAUUAAGUAAUCUGUUCAUUAGCUCUCGUCAAGAGAUUUUGAACUAUUUGUAUUCUCUGUCCUUGUCUUACAUUAUCCAUUUUCACUAAGGAAAAUACAAAUAAUGUGCGAAUUAGGUGUAAAUAUGAAUGGAUAAUUGGGCUUAGUGGACUGCAAUUUCUAUUGGUAAUUGAACUGAGUGGAGUGCAGUUUGGUCUGAAAUCAUCGGUGUGAUUUCAUAAACUCGCAGCGCGAGUUUGAUUGAAAUCACAAGAAUGAUUUCAUAUCAAAAUUACAAGACACGAAGUUUAAUUACCACUCUAUUACAUCCAUUUUGAAAUAGCAAAAUUCAGCGAGGCAAUACAAGGUAUUUUCAUUCUGUUCAAAUAUUUUAUUGAUCCAGUAUAUUGAGCCGGUUUAUAAAAAGUUGCAAAAGGUGUCAUUUUCUCGCGAUUUGAUUGAUUUUUUUGAACAGGCCUUGAAAUUUGAUUGAUCGUCAUGUUUUAGUAAAGCUGGGGAAAAAAUGCCAUUAAGAGCAUAAAAUGAUGUAAUUUGAUAAAAAAAAAUUACACUGGAAAGAGCCAAACAGAUUGCAAGGAUCACAAGUGAUUUGAAAAUGGAUGCAAUAAAGGCUGCAAUUGGGCGAGGAGUUUCAAAUUGGACAAGCGCAUAGCGCGAGGCUAAUUAGAAAUCACGAGCACGAUUAACCCUAAUUUGAGCGAGAAACAGAUGAAAUCGAACUGAUAGGACUUGAAAAAGCCAUAUUAGGGAGUGUUAGGAACCACUAAGAGAACAUCAGUUUAUAAUCUCUUGGAACACAUCAAAUUCGAGCAUAUUAAUGUUGCUGCCAUGCGAUGUAAGGAACACAGAGUCUCUGGGGGUAUUUAAACGUAAGAUCAAUGACAUUCUUUAAGUCUAACGCACGGCACUCACGGAAAACAGCUUUUAGUGUUAUAUUAUAUAGUUUGAAUUUUAAAUAUUCUAGCGUAUGUCAUAUGUAUUUUUUAGGCCGUGAAUUGACCGUGUUUAAAUAAAAAUAAAAUGAAAUAAAAUGAAAUG